CUUAAUAUGGCCUUUUGCCCAACCUCCCAAAAGUACGUCCCACAUUGCACUGUUGGAUUUGCCGCGUUUCGUUGCCAUGGAGCCAAGUUACGCCUCUCCACCCGUGAAAACAAAGAGACGGCGGUUUGAAACAUAAAGAAAGCUCAGUGGUUGAUAUACAAUAUGUUCUUAAGGAUUUUAAGGGAAUGUCCGAGAGUGGUCGGUUAUGUCGUGUGGACUCGCGCGGUCAUAGUGCUGGUUUUGAGGCUCUUGUCAUUUCUGGUUGUUUGUGUUCAACGCAAGCAUGACUGGAAGUGAGGUAGACAACCGCCUGCAGGUGCUGCAGAUCUACCGCUUGUUGCAAUACAUCUAUGAAAAUGAUGAGGCACAAAUUGAGGAGAUGGUCAGCCUUGGGGUGGAGAACCUCAUUAAUCUCACAGAGCCACAGAAUGGAACAGGGGCGCUUCACAUGGCGGUCUCAUCGAACAAUCAAGAUCUAACCAGGUUUCUUCUCUCCCUGAGAGCGCACCCUGACAUCCAGAAUAAGAAGGGCCACACGCCGGUCAUGUUAGCAACGCAGCUGGGCAAUGAUGGCAUCGUGAAAAUGUUGGCAGACCACGAUGCUGAUAUGAGCCUCCAAGAUGAUGAAGGCCAAGGGGUUCUGUUCUACUGCAUCUACCCAACAAAGCGGCACACACGUUGCCUGCAGACGGUGCUCGAGUAUCAAGCAGACGUCAACAAUGUGUCCUCGCAGGGAAAUCACGUUUUUCAGCUGAUGUGUCAACAUGCCGAAGACUGCGCUCACAUGUGUCAAAUGAUGUUGGAGAAAGGGGCCAACCCCAACGCGUCAGAUGAGAUAACUGGCGUGACAGCAUUGAUGGAGGCUUCCAAAGCUGGAUCCUUGGAGCUUGUCAGGGAAAUUCUAAAAAGGGGGGCAAACCCCAACGCCUUGGACCUGAAACGCAUGACAGCGGUGCACUAUGCUGCCAUGGGAGGCUUUUUUGAGGUGAUUGUGCUGCUGUCUGCAUUCUCAGCAGACAUGGGUGUGAUUAAUGUGGAUGAGUGCACGGCCCUCCACCUUGCCGCUGCAACGGGCAACGUCAAUUGCUGCAGGUUCCUGUUUCAGAGAGGUUGCAUCGGCAAAAUAAAGAACCUGAACGGUUUACUUCCACGACAGAUUGCCAAAGAUGCUGGUCACAAAGCAGCUGUCAGGGAGCUGAGGAAAGCUGAGAAAGUGAAGGCCAAAGAUGCCGCUGGUGCGACUGUCCUGACAGACUUAUGGGCUCUGACCCUCCAUGACUGGUCGAACGAAUAUGAACGUGAACUACUGCAAGCCUUUGAAGGUUCUGCGAAGGUUCCCGCGGAAAAAUUCGCCUUAGUUUUAACAUCAUUAGGUGCUCCAGUCACCGAAGAGCAACUCCAGUUAAUCAUUACAUUACAUGGGGGCGGGAGAGGUCCUACAAUAAGCAUUAAUGACUUCAUCAAAGGUAUCAAGUACAUAAAGAAACCGUACCUCCUCCUCUCCUAUAUCCCCAAGAAGAAAAAGGAUAGGAAGCGAGGUAAAGGGAAGAAGAAGCCAAAAUUUGUCCUCCCUAUACCUAUUUGUACCCUCCCACCGGAGUUCAGGCUCCGGCGAGAAGAUGGAGGCCCACCAGAAUACAUGAUGGAGACCUACAAUACCGAAGACACCCGACAACUGGACCAAAAUCUUCCACCGGAACAUCCCGUACUUGAUGACACUUCAUGGUACACGGAGAAACCUGACAAGAUAUACGUCAAUAUCAACUACCUUGUGAAGAAUAGUGACAUCGAGGCUUUGGAACUGGCUUUCGGUCAAAGGAUUCCUGUCGAUAUUCAAGAUCCGUAUUACAAGACCCCGCUGAUGGUGGCCUGCUCAGUCGGAAGCUACGAGGUGGCUCAGUACCUUAUCAAAAAGAGGGCGGCUGUGGAUAUAUGUGACCAGUUCUUGUGGACGCCUCUUCACCAUGCUGCUCAAUCUGGCAUUGUGGAAAUACUGAAACUCCUGGUUGACGCCGGCGCCGACAUAAACGCUCAGACCAUAACUGGGACCACACCCCUUAUGGUGGCUAUCCAGAACUUUCAUCUCCCUUGUGUUGAGUUCUUCUUUACGGCUGGUGCCGAUAUCUUAUUGGAGAACAAGCAAGAACAACACUGUCUUGACGUAGCUACGGCGUUUGGUGACGGUGACGUAUAUACGUUUGUCAAAGAACAGUAUGAAGCUGCGCCUAAGCCCAAAAAAGGAAAGGACAAAACAAAGCCCAAAAGAAAGAAAUAACUCUCCAUCUGCCAGUCUUGGAACGCAUUCUGUACCCGUGGUUUCCCUUUCUUUCUUCGUCUUGGGUCAUGGCUAGCUGUGUGUUGCGCAAUAUAUUUCCUUCAGAAUUUGUUUUUAAUGAAAAUAAAGAUACAUUUUUAUAGCAA